AUGCCACCUCAUAUGCACCCGCGGAGCCGACUCACCUCCUCUCUCUUCGCAACUACUCUUUUUGCGAGUUUCUUCGUCGUCGCCCUCCCACACGCGCUGCCAUGUCCAGCACCGAGGGUUGCAUAUGCAGAUGACGGAAAUCCACAGUCGGGCAGGAGGCGGAGAAAGCGAAAGUUCCCUAUUGAUGAGAUCAGGGACGACGGUGCAAGUUUGAAGGAUGGGUCUGCGACGGAGGAGAGCAGUGAUGAUGCGGAGGACGCGGGAGCAAAGAGAGGGAAGAGAGAAUGUCCGGUACCGAAACCAGGGGGGUUGGUAGGAGCAAUUCUGGGUUUCGGAAGCUCGAGUAGUGACGAAAAGCGGACGAAACCGCCAUGA